AUGGCCGCGAUUGAGGGGCACGCAUUUACCUGGAGCAGGGACAAUGCCGCAUACACGGAUUGGGAGACACAGGCAGGACAAGUUCUGGACGAUGUCUGGGCCACUUUCGAGAAGCGAGGGAUCUUCCAUUCGCUGGACCGUUCGGCCCAAAAGACAGUCCUGGUCGCUGGAUUGAGUUCUUGCCUUCCGACUCGCUCGGAACCACCAUCGUACGACCUGCUCCCCUUUUACGACGAUGUGGUCCAUGAUCUACCCCCCGAAUACUCUGCGCUUCCACCUUUGGCCCAGCAGAAGCCCAUUGCCUACACAGUUCCAACGGUUCGAGAAAAAUCGCAGAGUCGGGCACCAUCUCUAUUCCGGGAUUCCAUGCUGGACAUCAAGAUUGAUUUUGAGAACUUCACGGGAAUCCGCGAACACAAGAAGAAAAAGGCAGCCGCGCCAAAAAAGGCCGCACCGCCUACGCCUCCCCCACCACCGCCCCCUCCCCCGCCUGGCGGAGAUGGCGCAGACGAUGGCACGAACGGUGAUGGGGGUGACGGAGGAUCAGGCGGUGCAGGUGAUGGCAAUGGAGAUGGCGGUGAUGGGGGCGGCGGUGACGAUUGGAACGACUGGAAUGUGAGUGGCAAGAAGGACAAGAAAAAGAAGGAAGAAGAGGAAGAGGAGGCCAGAUUGGCCAAGGAAGAGGAGGAAAAAAAAGCCGCAGAAGCUUCCGCUGCCAAUGACCUCAGCUGGGCUGAGGAAGGCGGUGGCGGUGACGACUCAUGGGCUGGUUUUGCAAGUGUAGGAAAAAAGAAGAAGGGAAAGGAUGAGGCCCCACCGGGAGCGUUUCAAGACAUAACCCUGGACGAUGGUGCCCCGCAACUAGACCUAAGCUUUGAUGCCCCUGCCCCCAAAACUGGGGGUACGGGGUUCAGUUUUGGAGGCUGGGGUAAAGAUUGGACCACUGGUAGCAAGGAUGAUCCUCUGGCUGAAGCCGGAAGUGAAGAUACCAAAGACAAUCCCUGGGGCACCACGUCCAAGAAGAAAGGCAAGACCGGGUUUGAUUUUGGCAACCUUGGCUCUCCACCUGCGGAUGACACCAAGGAAAAUGACUGGGGAGACGGCUGGGGCAUUUCGGGCAAGGACAAGAAAGAGGACGAGCCUGCACCUGCACCUGCAGCUGAGGCUCUACCACCCCGGCCCGAGCCCCCAGUCAGAACUGAUUUCACCCAGGAAGCUUGGUAUACAGGAAUGUCCAAGAAAGAACAAAGGAAAGCCAAAAAGGAAAUGGAGAAGAAGCACAAAGACGAGGACGAUGAAUACGCCAAAGCCCUGGCCGACUAUGAGGAUCAAGUUGCAGCCGCAGCUGCAGCCGCACCUGAACCGGAGCCCGAGCCCGAGCCCGAGCCUGAACCAGUAGUGGAGGAGGCUCCGCCUGCUACUGAUCCUGACAAUGACUGGGGCUGGGGUGUCCCAGUCAAGACCAAGGACAAGAAGAAAAAGAAGAUUGAUCUUCUAGCUGACCCUGACCCCCCAGCUCCAGACCCACCAACGGCCAACGACGACUGGAUGGGCGGAUGGGGCCCUGCGGGAAAGAAAGACAAGAAAUCCCUGGACCCGGAGCCCGUUGUAGAGGAACCACCCAAGGCCACUGAGCCCGAGGACGCCUUCAGUGCCUGGGGUGUCCCGGUCAAGGAAAAGAAGAAAAAGAAAGGCAAAGUCGAACCGGAACCUGAGCCCGAACCCGAGCCUGAGCCUGAACCUGAACCUGAACCUGAACCUGAACCUGAACCUGAACCCGAGCCAGAGCCAGAGCCGUCUGUGCCUGACGACCCCUUAUACGACGGCUGGCGUGAUCUCUCAUCCAAGGACCGCAAGAAGCGCGAAAAGAAACUCAUCCAGAAAGGCCUCCCUAUCCCUGGAAAGGACUUCGAGCUUCCAUCAGAUGAACCGCCCGAGGUAGUUCCAGAACCCAUUGUCGAGCCUGAGCCUGAACCUGAACCUGAACCUGAACCCGAACCGGAGCCCGAGCCUGAGCCUGAACCAGAGCCGGAGCCAGAACCUGAACCAGAGCCGGAGCCAGAACCGGAAAAGCCAGCCGAGGAUGAUUCCUGGGGGAUAUGGGGGCCUGUCAAGGACAAGAAGAAGAAGAAGAAGGGCGGUGACGUUGAGCCACCUCCGCCUGCACCAACACCUCCUGCCCAAGGCCUCACUCCGGAGCCGGAAUCCUUCAACGACGAUGUCUGGGCAGAGUUGGCCCCCAAGACCUCCAAGACUACGAAGAAAGCUAAGGCAAUUGAGCCCCCCAAAGAGGAGAAAUCCAAGGGAGGUUUCUGGUCAGCUUUCACGGGAGGGUCUACGAGCAAAUCAAAGUCUACUAAGAAGGCCAAGGAUCCAGAGCCGGAGCCCGAACCUGAGCCUGAGCCAGCCCCAGAGGAAGACUUACUCAUUGAUGUGGCCGACGAGGCCCCCGUAGAGCCGGAACCUGAGCCAGAACCCGAGCCAGAGCCAGAGCCAGCACCGGAACCGGAACCGGAACCAGAACCCGAGCCAGUUCCAGUCAAGUCUUCCAAAAAGGCCUCUAAACUGAGUGUCGCCGAGCGGAUCAAGGCACUGGAGCAGGCUAAGGAGGAGAAGAAGAGGCUGCUGAAGAAGAAGAAGGCCGAACCUGAACCUGAGCCAGUGCCUGAACCCGAGCCCGAGCCCGUCCCUGAGCCAGAGCCAGAACCUCCUGCCGAAGAGCCUGCGCCAGCCAAGAAGAGCAAGUCCAAGUCAAAGAAAGAGGAUUCUCUUCCUGGGAGCUUCCCUGACUUUGGAGAUGACGCUGAGCCUGAACCCGAGCCCGAACCUGAGCCUGAGCCAGAACCUGAACCGGAGCCUGAGCCGGAACCUGAACCUGAACCUGAGCCCGAACCUGAGCCAGCACCGGAUCUUUCUAAGAUGUCUAAGAAGGAACUGAAAAAGUACAAAAAGGCUGAGGCUGAAAAGGCCGCAGCUGCAGCUGCAGCUGCAGCGGCUGCGGAGGCCGCCAGAGAACCCACACCCCCACCCGAAGAGCCCGCCCCAGAGCCCGAGGCCGAGCCUGAGCCUGAACCAGAACCAGCUCCAGAACCCGAAGCUGAUCCUGAGCCCGCGCCUGAACCGGAGCCUGAGCCUGAGGCCGAGGCCGAGCCAGCCCCUGAGGAGCCAGCAGCGGAAGAAAGCGCUCCCCCAGCGCCCCCGGCAGAGGCAACACCCAAGCCUGCAAAGAAAGAACGAGCUCGUGUUGAUCGCAACACGAAUACCUGGGGCUCGUUCUUCGGUGCUGCGCCUCCACCAAAAAAGUCCGCUAAGAAAGAUAAGCCCCGCGAUGAGGAGCCAAGAAAAAAGGAAUCCACCCGCGAGCGGUCCCCCGGUGCGACGCGCACGAAAUCAACCAAGUCGCGACCCAAAGAGGCUGAACCAGAUGCUGAAAAAUCGUCUUCCGACCGUGAAAAGCGACGCGAACGAGAAGGUCGUCCAUCGAAGAACCAACGUGGCGUGACCUUGGCGAACAUGGUUCUGGGCACGCCUCAGUCCAAAAGCAAAUCGGCUCGGAAACAUGAGUCUCCAUCGAAACCUGCGUCUAGACGUCCUUCAUUUGAGAAAGAGAUGGCCGAAGACAAGCCUGAGGUGUCUGACAAGGCUGCUAAAUUGACGGGGAUGAAUACGAAGGCUCGGCGUGAGCGGCCGCGCACGGAACGACGGAAGUCCGCUCGUGACCCGUACGCCAUUGAGGAUGACGAUCUCGUUGUCGUGGAUAUGGAAGAUGCCGAAGGACACUCUCCCAAGGAAGACUCCAGAGGGUCGAAACGCAAGUCUAAACGACAGUCACGGCCAAGGCCCGAAGACGACGAGGCUGUAAUGGUUGACGCCGAACAAGCGCAACCCGCACCAGAAGUUAUCUCAGGACCCGACGACAUGGCCUUCGUGGAUGCGCCCCCACGAGAGCGUCGCCUCAAGCGCUCAAACACCGCACCAGGACCGCCAAAGAAACAAGAAAGUGGUGGCCUGAUGGGACUCAUUGGCUCUUUGCGAAAGACAGCCAAACCAGAGCGCCCAGAGCGCCCCGAAAUGCCCGACCGACGAAAGUCGCGCUCAUACCGUGACGACGAGAUGCGCUAUCCCCCCGAUCCAGAACGCGACGCAGCACGCCGAGCACGACGCGAGGAUCGACGCCGCGGCUCAGUCCGCCCAGACACCGACGCCGAGGGCUUCUACACUGAUGCGCCAGGCCCAGGCCCAGAGGCAGAGUUCGACGACCGCGAAGCGCGACGCGCAGCACGCCAUUCACGCCACGGAUCCCGCAAAGCCCCCUCUGCAGCCGAGGUUCGCGACAUCGAGGCUCGGGAAGCAGAGGAGCGACGGGCGCGGAGAAAAGAGCGCGCACGUGAGCGCGCUCGCGAGGAAGAGGAGGAGGAUCGAAUCCGGGAAGAAAGACGCGCUCGAAGAGCUGCGCGUGAGGAACGCCGGAUUCGCGAGGAGCAAGAAGCGCGCGAGGCUGAGGCUGCUGCUGCUGCGGAAGCUGAAGCUGCGGAAGCAGCUGCGCAGGCUAGGGCUGCGGAGCGUCGGGAGCGAAGACAAAUGCGCGAAGAAGAGAUGAUGGCUGCGAAGAUGAGUCGUCGUCGUGCGCGCGAUGAGCAGGAGUUCUACGAUGAGCGAGAUGAUCGCCGAGCGCGGAGUAAUCGGGAAGACCCGAAGGAUCGAGCUCGUCGUCGCAAGUCCAAGGUGCCUAUUGAACCAUCCAGAGAGCCUUAUAUGACUGGUGGUGGGAAAGACAAGAUUUCUUCCUGGGUGUAUUCUCAAGCAGAUGAGCCUCCUGAGCCGCCUCCAAUCAUGCCCACUGUCAUUGAUAUGCCGCCUCCUGGAGAUGCGGGUGGGACUGGCAAUUCAAUUUCGUCGGACGAGGAGGCCCGACGCGCCGUUAGACGAAAGGCUAGAAGACGGGCCAAGUACGAGGAAGAGGAAGAUGCGAGAUCCAGACGAAGAGACUCGCGCCGUGAAGGCAUGAAGAGCAGCUCUGGAAGUGGUGACUAUGAGCGUGAUCGAGCGAGGUCUCGACCUGGAAGUCGACAGGAAGCUCCGUCGGCGAAGAAGCCCAGCUGGUUCCGCAAAUUGACGAAUCUUUAA